AUGUCAGCCCCGCCGCCCCAGUCUCCGCGCCCGAACCGCUUCUCCUCCAUGUUUGGAGGGGACAAACGUGUUCCCUCUCCCGCCCCCUCGGUAUCCCCUACCCCGCGCGGCGGACCGCCUGUCGUACUAGGCAUCUGCGCGAUGGACGUCAAGGCUCGUUCGAAAGCCAUGCGGGAGAUCAUCACUCGAUUGGUAGAUAUUGAGAAGGGCGGAGUAGAAGUCAAGAUCUUCGGAGACGUAGUCAUCCUCGAGGAGGACAUCACACACUGGCCGCCUGUUGACGUCCUCAUUUCUUUCUUCUCUACCGACUUCCCGUUGCCCAAAGCGCUCGCAUAUACUCAGAUCCCCAAUCGGCCCCCACCUAUCUCGAUCAACUCCCUCGCCAUGCAGUCUCUACUAUGGGACCGUCGGCUCGUCCUUGCUAUUCUGGACCAUAUCGGCGUACCCACACCCAAGCGCGCCGAAGUCUCCCGAGAUGGCGGACCCUUCAUCCCCCGUUCGCUCCGCAAGCGGGUGCGGAAAGAUUUAGGACUGGUCCUUCCUGGCCCGAAAGCGCGGGACGAGGACAACUGGGGAGAAGUGACCAUUCCAGAGAGGUGGAAGGGGAAGAUGCUAAAGGAGGAGGUACCAAGAGGGCGGGAGGUGAUUCUGAGAGAAGAUGGAGAUGCGAUCAUUAUCAAUGGAGUUGUGGUGGAGAAGCCGUUCGUUGAGAAGCCGGUGGAUGGGGAGGAUCAUAAUGUGCAUAUCUAUUAUAAAGGGGGCGGAGGCCGCAGGCUGUUCCGAAAAGUUGGUAACAAGUCGAGCGACUAUGAUCCGGACAUGUAUCACCCCAGAACUGUCGGAUCGUUCAUCUACGAAGAAUUCAUCAAUGUCGAUAAUGCGGAGGAUAUCAAGGUAUACACUAUCGGCCCCAACUUUCAACACGCCGAAACUCGCAAAUCGCCCGUCGUCGACGGUCUCGUGCGCCGAAACGCAGACGGCAAGGAGACGCGGUUCAUUACCAAGCUAUCGACGGCGGAGGAUCAGUACGCCACGGAUGUGGUUGAUGCGUUUGGGCAGAGGGUGUGCGGAUUUGAUCUGUUGAGGUGUGAGGGCGGAUCGAGGAGUAUGGUCAUUGAUGUGAAUGGGUGGAGCUUUGUCAAGGGGAAUCAGGCGUACUAUGACAAAGCGGCCGAGAUCCUCUCGAACGUCUGCCAAAAGGCGAGAGAGCAACGUGCUGCUUGGUAUGCUAGUCCACAAGCUGGAAUCUCGCCCGCAGAUACCGCUGUACCCACGUCAACCACCAGCACCCUCCGCGCCACAGUCACUGUCCUACGCCACGCCGAUCGUACACCAAAGAUGAAGCUCAAAUUCUCUUUCCCAGCACAUGAACCCUGGUCUCUCCCCUUCCUCCGCCUGCUCCGGGGCCACCGAGAAGAGAUCAUCCUCCGCGAUCCGCGCCAAUUGCAGUUCAUCCUCUCCGCCGCGGAAGCUUCGGGGCGUACCGAAGGCAUCAGUGCCGAGAUGCUCGCCAAGCUGGAACAGCUGAAGGAGGCUUUGAGCAAGAAGAUGGGGCUGGCGGGUACCAAGGCGCAGCUCAAGCCUUCGUUCGGGAAGAAGGACAAAGAUAAGGGCGAAAAGGAAAAGGACAAGGGGGAAAAGAAGGAUAAGAAGGAUAGAGUGAAGGAGGGGAAGGCAGGGAAGGAGGGGAAAGAGAAGAAAGAGGCUGGAGGCGGAGGGGGAUCGGAUGAUGAGGACGCCAUGACGGAGACUGAGCGCGCUGCGAAGGUCACGGCGUGGCUGGAGGGGACACCGAGUGGUCGUCAGACGCCAGCGGCGGAGGACGGGGCGGGGAAGACAGCGUCGGCGGAUGCGGAAGGAGGGGAGCAGUGGAUGAUCCCUGAGGGGCUGGAGAAGCUGCAAUUGGUGCUGAAGUGGGGUGGGGAGAGCACACACUCGGCGAGGUAUCAAGCGAGGGAUCUGGGUGAUGCGUUCAAGAAGGAUAUCAUGAUCAUGAACAAGGAUGUGCUAAACAACGUCAAGGUCUACACCUCGUCCGAACGACGUGUCAUUAACACCGCGCAAGUUUUCGCCCACGCCCUCCUCGGCGUCGAAGCCGCCCAGCCCACCUCCGCAUCCACCCCCGGCGGUGCUCCCGGCGCCGCAGCCGGCUCUUCCGCCGGGCGCACUCCCGAGCCCUGUCCGCUCAUCUCGCACCUCAUCGUCCGGCGCGAUCUCCUGGACGACAAUAACGCCGGGAAAGAAAAGAUGGCCGAAGCGAAAAAGAUGCUGAAAAUCCUGCUGCGUACCGGUGAGACGGAGAAACGGCCCGACCUAGCGUGGGAGCGAGGAUUCAAAAAGGAGCCGGUGGAAGUGGUCGCCGAGGUGAUUGCGCAAUUGACCGAGUUGCGGGCGAUUAUGCGCAAGAAUUAUGAGAAUGGGAAUGUCGAGAAGAUUCCGCAGCAGCGGUGGUGUUGUGGGGAUACGCCUUGGUUGUUCAAGGAACGGUGGGAGAAGAUCUUUGAGGAUUGGGUGGGGGUCAAGCAGGAGAAGUUUGAUCCGUCCAGGGUAUCAGAGUUGUAUGAUAGCAUCAAAUACGACUCGCUUCAUAACCGGACCUUCUUGUUUGCCAUCUUCGACCCCACCGGCCGAGGUCCGGCCGCUCCAUCUCCCAACAAAGCACCUGCCGCUGCACCUACGCCCGGUCAACCCCCCGCUGAACCCCAGGACCGACGCCUGCAUGAUCUCUACGCGCGCGCCAAGGCUCUGUUUGACCUGGUUUCGCCGCAGGAAUACGGGUUCGACCAGGAGGCGAAAGAGGAAAUUGGGAUAUUGACCAGUCUGCCUUUGCUCAGGAAGGCGUGGGAGGAUCUGGAGGAGGCCAAGACGAGCGGCAAAAGCUUGGCUUGUUUCUACUUUACGAAAGAAUCCCAUAUCAUGACCCUCUUCAAUCUCCUCCUCCUCGCUGGCGUCCCCCUCUCCAGCUCGGCCAAGUCUAUCCCGGAACUCGACUACUGCUCGCACUGCACCAUCGAGCUCUGGGAGAAGAGCUCCGGGCAGGGCAAAAAGGACUUUAGUCUCAGAUUGAGCGUAUCGGAAGGCGCGCACAGUCCUGCCGUACUAGACAGUAAUGUCGACGCUCGACACAGUCUUACCGUCCAACCCCGGAAGAAGCUGUCCGGGCAUAUCGACUAUGAAGUCGCCCGUGCGGCAUUCUCCAAGCACUUUGGGAAAGGCGUGAGCUUCUCGACGACCCCGCUGGAAGGGGAUGAAGUGUAUCUCAAGAAGGCCAUUUAUGACGAGGCGGUCUUGCCCCUCAGUUUGCAGCAGCUGCAGAAAGGAGAAGAGACGCCGAGGGUGAUGAGUUCCGCAAGCUCAGAUUGUAGUGGGGCAGGAGGGCCGGGGUGGUAG